AUGGCCUAUCAGGGAAACUUUGAUGAGGCAGCUAAGCUGUAUGAACAAGCGGGGCAAAAACAAAUGGCUCUACAAAUCUAUUUGGACGUUGGUAUGUUUCAGAAAGCACGUGUUAAUCCGUCAUUAGAAUGUUCACCAACUGAAUUAUUUAACAGAGCAAGAUAUGUUUAUAACGCGAUUGAAAGAAUGCCUAAAUCCAUUAAAAUAUCCAAAAUAUUAACACUGAAGCAUCCUGAAAAUAUUUAUGGCUUUUCGGUUGAUUCAAAUCCUAAUACGAAAACCCAUAUAAUCUCUGAUGUUAGACCAAAUUCAGCUGGAGAGAAAAGUGGCUUGCGUGUUGAUGACGUAAUUGUCAAGAUUAAUGGCGAAAAUGUGACUAAAAAGUCUAUAAACCGUAUUCGAGAAAUAAUAAUGAAGUGUCGAAAGAAUUUGAUAUUCGAGGUAGAUAGAGACGAAAUAGUCGGCUCCCAUAAAGAGGUGAAAUCUUUGAAGAAAUCACCUACAAAAUUUUCAUCAAAGGCGAAAACCUUGGAAGAAUUACGAAUAAAGAGUGUUCCUUCUGAAAAAAAAUUUUUAAAAACCCCGACAGUCCGAUUGUGUCGGAUUGUGUUAGAAAAUGAAGAAGAGUACGGGUUCACUCUUUCGACAAUCAAAUCAGGUCAGCUUCAUUCCAUCUGUAAUGUGACUGAAAAUUCGCAAGCCGACAAAGCCAAAAUCAAAGAGAACGACAUUUUAAUUGAAAUCAACCACACUCCUAUCCUCGAAAUGAAUCACAUUAUGGCUGUGAAUGAAAUACUGAAAAACCCGAGAGAGAUCAGUCUUUUGGUGACAGAUCCGGAGAGUUAUGAAUAUUUUACAAAUAAAGGAAUAUCUAUUUCCACAUCAACAGUCAACGUUGAGUAUUACACAAACAGUCUUAAUAGUUUGCUGUUUUAG